AUGGCGGCCUGUGAUACUUGCUAUCGCCGCAAAGUACGAUGCGAUUACGAGACAAACAGUCCCUGUAUAGCUUGUGACCGUGCGGGGGUCGCUUGCACAUUUCUUCUAGCUGAACGCCACAAAGAAAGAAGAAGAGCACGGCGGCGGAGCCAGCCCAUACCUGUUCAAAGUGGCCAUGAACAACGCAAUCUAGCUGCCACCCAGAAGAAUACGCGACCUGCGGUGCGCCGCUAUUCCCGAAGAUUAGCCCAUGGCUCGGAAGAUCAAAGUAGUGAUACUUGGCUAGCCGGAAAUAUCUCCGAACGAGACCUAACUGGAGAAGAGCCUGUGCCAAAUGAACGGCCGGACAGAGACACUCAAAGAUCUUCCUCAGUGCCUGUUGAAACAUGUCGUGAAAAUGAAAAGGAAGAUGAAGAGGGCCUAGACAAAACAGCCUUGGCCCAAUUCCACCGACAUAGCAUCAAUACAUCCCUUUGGAGAGUCUUUGAUGAUAUAACCAAUAUGCGGAUUGCUUAUAUUGGCACACCGGUUUCCAAUCUUUCUAAAUUAGUCGAAGACGAGAUUGAAUUCACUGGACCACAAGCACCAUCCUUGCAUUUUCCAUUUCCAUCUAUACGACCACCUCUGCCUUGGAAACCGCCACAAGGCCUCACAUCGAUUCAGUGCUAUUCUCAAAGUUUUAUCAUUGACAUCAGUUCUUUACCUCCAGAGGAUCUGACAGUACAUUUAAUCGACACAUUCUUUAAAAAAAUUCACCCAGGAUUUCCAAUUGUCGACGAAACUCAGUUUCGUAGUGCUUAUGGCAAUCCUAACACAGACAAUUCGCCACCUCUACUUCUAUUGCAAGCAAUCCUCCUUGCCGGAACACAUGCCUCUGAUCACCCCAGUGUUGAAAAGUCAAGAUCGCUUAUUAAAAGGUCUAUCUUCCGACGUGCCAAGGCUCUUUUUGAGGCCCAUUACGAGAAUGAUCGGAUGCAUCUUGUGCAAGCCGCUCUUUUGUUCACAUGGCAUGCGGAUGGCGCAGACGAUGUCAGCGCAAACGCAUAUUAUUGGGUUGGUGUUGCAUGUCGAAUCGCAUUCGGCUUGGGAAUGCACCGCAACCUUGGAGAAAAUUCUGUCAGCCGAAUGCCUCUAGACGACCGGCGAAUAUAUAGAAGAAUCUGGUGGACUCUCGUCCAGUUAGAUGUUCUCGUUAGUCUCCAUCAUGGCCGCCCCCUGAUGAUAUCGGCCGAGGACUGCGAUCAACCACCGUUGCAAAUCGAUGACUUUAUUGAAACAGGAAGUUCAGAGAGAAAUCCAAACAUCGAUGUCGAUUUCUGUAUCCAAAAUUCUUGCCUAUGCGAGAUUCUAAGAUCGAUUUUAUGGCUAUCAUCACCAGGUGCAGCCCGUGAACACAAGGCCAACCCUUCACUGUUUGAAUCAAAGAAGUCAUCAAUUGAUUUUGAACUGAGUAAUUGGUACCUGCAUCUUCCAAACAGACUGAAAGACUUCAAUGGACCGCAUGCCACAUUCUGGCCUCUCCAGCUACAGAUGCACUAUAACAUGGCCCUGCUUCACCUACACCGUCUCCCUCGUCCUACGACAUCAAGUCAUGAAGAUCUUCAUACUUCGGAAACAUCUCAUGAAACAUGUCGCUCUUCUGCUCAGUCCAUUGCAAAUAUUCUCGAGACAAUGGUUAGCUCCAAACACAUUUCUCAGUGCUGGUUCACCUGUCUCACAUCCCUUCUCGCGUCUGCCAUCCAAUUGUGUUUCGAAGCCCGCUCAGCCUCUCGAAUAUGGGCGUCGACUUUGGAAAUACAAGCUCAAAAUCGUCUAGCACGGUUACUAGAUUCAGCCUUUGCAAUAUCCCGCCAUUGGUCUAGCGCCGAGGCUAUUUUUCACCUCUAUAAGAAUUUAUUGAAGCAGCUAGCACAAAGUACCAGAUUGAACUUCGAAUCUCAGAGAUUUAUGAUGCUCCCUACUCUAGAUAGUGUGGCAUUAUCAUCUUCGCCAAACACAGAUGAGCUGGCUUUACGUCCAUCAGAAGAUCCUGAGAAUAACCUGAGGCAACACCGUAUCCAGCAUUUUGAAGAAGAGUUGACGGCUCUCUUUGGCGCAGGGCAAACGUACGGCUUCUCCAGUCCCCAUGAGUCUGGAUUUGAGGGCAAUUCAAGUCACCUGUGGGAGCUUCCAAAUACCUGA